AAUACAUGGAUGCGGUAAGUUAAUUACACGAAUACAAUAAUAAGAAAAUAGAUUACAAAGGUGGCCAAGUGGCUUCUGAGCAGCCACACAGUAAACUUAUUCCGAAAUAGAAUAGUGGAAAAUAGCAUUAAUCACACCUUACUUAUAAUUUGUAACGCCUGCUCAAAAGCUUGCAUACGUAACAUCUAUCCUCACACGUCACAAGACCUUUAUGGCACUUACACUCACAAUCACUGACCCUACAAUCAUAUACGUGGGAACGAGGAUUAUAACAAAACAAAAAGAUUAAGAAAUCCAGGUGGCGUCUAAGCGAUACCACUGGCCACUUAUUCCAGUCCAAUCAACUUUAUUCCAUGUAACAAAAAGGAUUAUUACAAAACAAAGAGAUUAAGAGGGCCAGGUGGUUGUGCAGCGCCUAUAUAAGAUACACAGGGUAGUCCAUUGUCUAUGCUUCUUCAGAGUGAAUGUUUCUAUAAAUCUAGAGGCGGAAAUUUCUCAGAGAAUAAGCAUAUUUCUAAGGAUUUGGAGGCCACAGUUGUCCUUUUUUUGUGCAGUCUUCGCCAAGAUUUAUUUCCUUGAAGGUCAGCAUUCUCUGUUCUCAGUCAAGCUUUCCCAGUUGCCUUGGAAAUGGAUUCAGAUCGGACAUCCAACAACAGCUUCUGGACAAUGGGGGUGGAUGAUAAUGCAUCAAAGGAUGCACGCACAUCUUUGGAUUGGACAAGGGAGGAGGACAAGGCAUUCGAGAAUGCUCUCACAACCCACUAUAAUGAUGCUGAUAUGUGGGAUAAGAUCGCAUUGGCAGUUCCUGGGAAAACAGUUCAAGAUCUAAAACUUCACUAUGAAGCCUUAAGUGUGAUGGCUUUUGAGUCUGGCAAGAUGCCUCUGUCCAUUUAUCCGACCAGAGGUGAUGUUCUAGAAGAGAAGAAUCUGCAGUCAGAGCAAGCGCAACGAGGGGCUCAUUGGACAGAAGAGGAACAAAGGCAAUUUCUAUGCGGUUUGCAGAUUUUCAGUUGGGUGAUUGGAAGAACAUUUCGAAGUAUAGUGUGCGAACAAGGUCAAAUAGCCAAGUAGCAAGCCAUGCUCAAAAACACUUCAGAAGGCUGAGUUUGACCGAAAAAGACGGUAAACCGACAAGCUUCAUGCCCGAGUGCUGCAAGGGAGAGUCUUCUACAGCUGGAACCAGAGAAUUGCUUCCUGGAAAUCUCGAGAGAGCAGCAGCGCACGCUGGAACCCAACUGCUGUCGGGAUGCGCCACAGUAGCUCCAGCUAAUGCUUUCGGGAAGCGCGGGCGCUCUAAGAAAGCUCCGAGUAAUGAUGAAAACAAGCUGAUGCUGGGGGCAAUGUAUCCCAGGAAAAAGAAAGCUCUUGCUUGUAAUUAGAGCCAAUUGCUGCCCGCUUUCCCUGAAAGAGUUCCAACUGACACGAGGAACCAAUUGCUGUUUGGGGCAAAGAAAGGUUCAUCUGAUGCCAGGAAGCUACUGCUGUCUGGGUACCCUAACGAAGCUCCGAAGGAUAUCGGGUACCAACUGCUGUGUGGAUACCCUAAUCAAUUGGCCCCCCCAUCUGGUUCACUUGAGAUCACUGGCCACCGGGCUCCUUCAAAUGGGAUGGUUGGGUAUCUCACGGAUGCAGCAAUGCAAGGUGCUAACGUGAUUGCUGAUGGUCAACUGAUGCAAGGUAUCAACAUGAUUGCUAAUUGAUACCCUAAUCAACUGCCCCCCCACAGCUGGUUCACUCGAGAUCACAGGCCACCCGACGACUCCUUCAUAUCUGACUGUUGGGAAUAGCACAGGUGCAGCAAUGCAAGAUACCGACGUGCUUGCUGAUGGUAAAUAUGAUAUCGGUGCUAGCACUGAUAUUUUGGAUGAUCUGGAUCUAUCUUUGUUCCUCCCUCAUUUCCUGGAUUGAAAUGGUAAUUUUCCUUAGAGAAUUAAAGAUACAUUUAUACCCUUUCAACAGCAAACUGUGUACAAAAAUCAAUCAGUCAAUUCUUAUCUAUAAACAUGUUCAAGAUCCAA